AAAAGCAAUGAUAAUGUCAAUUUUUUGAACUCUCAUAUGCUUCAACUACUGCUAUAAAAGUAGCCUUAGGAAAUUGCAUUGUUUCAUAUACAAACAACAGCCAUGGCCAACUCCUUCAAUGUUCUCCUGGUCAUUUCCCUCUUCCUCGCCGCUCUGAUCAUCUCCUCCUCCACUGUCGAAGCAGGCGGCGACAACCUCCUUAACUGGGUCCCGACCACAAAUCACUGCCAUGACCCAAUUGCGGAGUGCUUGGGCAACGACGAAGAAUUCUUGAUGGGCUCCGAGAUCAGCCGGCGGAUACUGCAGACAGCAACAAACUACAUAAGUUACGGAGCUCUGCGGAGCAACACCGUACCAUGCUCUCAGAGAGGCGCGUCCUACUACAACUGCCAGCCGGGUGCUCAAGCUAAUCCUUACACCCGAGGUUGCAGUGCCAUUACCCAGUGCCGUAAUUAAGGUUGCUCUGUUCUGUCCUGCCCCAGGAAUGGCAAAUCUACUCUGUUAUGCUGAAGAAUUUUUCAUGCUUAUUCUUAUAUACAUAUAUAUGUGACUAGUGAUCUCUCUCUCUCUCUCUCUGUGUAUGUGUUUUAAUUUCAGUUUUAGUUUGAUAUUUUCAAUAAAAAGAUUUUAUAUUUGAAUAACCAAUGUAGCUAAAAAAAAUAGAGAAGAAAAUUUCAGUUUGUAGCAGCUAUUCCAGGUAUAACACCAGGAAAAUGGUCAAUGGUCAGAAACCAGCACAGACAAAUGUGGAAUUAAAAUUAUCAACGUACAUGAACAUGAUAUAUUUAACUUUCAAUGGAUGAAAACCAGGAACAGAUCAUGAGCAAGUAACUGAUCACCUCAUAUUUGUCCAUUCAAUCUAUAAAUUGUCAUAGCCCCCUAAACUGGCAUCUCAAUAACAGGUAUUGAAAGCAUAAACUUGUUCAUCUCCAGUAAAGAACAAGAAGUUUCAUCUACAUGAUUCAUUAAUCAAAUGGGGAAAGAAAAGAAACAUGCAUGAUAUCAUAAGUUAACUACAAUCAUCAUCCACUCCUAAAAGUGCUCUUUGGCUGAGCCUUCAUCUUCCUUUCCUUCAGCCUGGCUUUGAUUUGAUGGGGUCAAAGGAUACAGAGAGACAUCCAUUCCCAUGCCUGCUUUUAGGAUUUUGGUCAUUGAUGCUGUGCUCCAGUCCCGUCUACAUGGGUUCCCAUCUCAUCAAAUGCAUUUAAGUCAAGGAAACAAGAGGUGUCCGACAUUGUAAAUCAUUUAGUGCUAAAAGACUAAUUAUAAUUCCCUGAAAUCAGGCUAUAAUACAUAAGCUCCAAAAUU